UGCCAAGUAUCACCAGUGAGUCCAGGAGGGCAUGGUCAGCCAAGUCCUCAACAAUAUGACUAUUCAUCCAGUCUUCCAAGCCCAGGUGGCCCAGUUUCUCCAGUAUGGUCCACAUCUUCAAGAUCUCGCCAUUCCUCCACAUCGUCACUCUCCGAAGAAUGCAACUGUAACCGUGGACAGAAGCUGAUUGGUUGCCAAGCAUGUGGUCACAUGUUAAACGGCCGCAUCCGGACAAUGUGUGUCCAACACCCAAAUGUUAUACACUUGAUGGAUCUUGAGGUUUGUCCUAACUGUCGUAGUGCUUCACUGAAGGAGUAUGGGGACAGUGUCAGUGAUACUAACGAUAAUGAUAACAAUGUCACCAAGGAGGAAAAUAACAAUGACAAUGCCAUGGAAGAUGUUUGGUAGAUACUAUAUCUAGUAGGUAACCCACCACUUAGAAAGUUUUCAGGUAAAGCACAACUUGUAUUGGAACUUUUCCAAAGGAAAACAGCAAUGGAGUAUUCAGGAAAUUACUCACCAUUUUAAAGAUCUGAUCUUCUAUGAAGAAAAGAAAACACAUCCUCUUUAUUCGAAUAUGAGGACAUUAAGAAAUACAGCUGCCAUGAAAAGCCAAUCACAGAUCUGGUUGGAAGAUAGAAAGUAAAUGUUGUUGAAGUUCAUCAAUUUUCAUGUGUGAAAAACUUACAUUAUAACCUUUACAUAAAUUACAUGGUGACUGACUUUAAUCACACUUUCAACUGGAUAAGAAAACAUGUUUGGUCAGCUUCUAAAACAAGCACGGAAAGAUAAUAACAUCAUGGACUAUGGAGUAGAACUAGAGUCCGAGACGUAUUAAUCCAAGUGACUUCUGCCUCGAUCAUUCAGGGAAUCGGGCGACAAUUAUGGCUAGACAAAAUAUUGUAUUAGUGUUGAUUAGACUGUGGUGUUCUACCAUAAAAUGCAAACUGAUUAUUUAUAACCAUGGAUGUUUGUAUGGAUAUUUGUUGAGGCCAUAUCAGUGAAAUAUGCCAGUAUUAUUUACAAAUGGUGCUAAUGAUCUUAGUCCAUUGUGGGAUCAACAGUCUGUGUGAGACUCUCACAAGCUUUAGAAAAAUCAGAAUGAUCCUUGUCCCUAACUGUAUAUUUCAUUCAAUGAUGUUAUUACAUGUGGUGAAAUAACAUUCCAAAAUAAUAAGCCAGUGUGAAACCACAUACAUACGAGUAUAUGACACAACAUACAUGUUUCAAAUAUAUUUUUCUUAGAUAACCUUUGAUUUUCUAAGGUAGACCAUAGAAGCAAUAAUCUCCCCUGCACAAGAGCAACUGGGGGCACCACCUAGUUGAAAAUCUAAAAAUCACAUGCCCCUAG